UUUGGUGCAUGUAAACACGCGCAAAGGACUCCGACUUCAGACCGACUUUCAGCGAACUUUACGCGUCUCUGUAUUUUCUCGCUUUCGGACCGGGGUGUUUUGAGGAGGCGGAAGGGUUCGGCUACAUGCUGCCGAGUCUCAUGAUGGGACCGGGCAGCUGUCAUCUGCCGCGAGGAUGAGCCACAGAAGCAGCCCGGCGCGGGCGUACGACUUUCUGCUCAAGUUCCUGCUGGUGGGGGACAGCGACGUCGGGAAGGGCGAGAUCCUGGCGAGCCUGCAGGACGGAGCCACCGAGUCCCCGUACGGAUACAACAUGGGAAUCGACUAUAAGACGACCACCAUCCUUCUGGACGGGAGGAGAGUCAAGCUGCAGCUCUGGGACACGUCUGGUCAGGGACGGUUCUGCACCAUCUUCAGAUCGUACUCCAGAGGAGCGCAGGGAGUUAUUCUGGUGUACGACAUCACCAACCGCUGGUCCUUUGACGGGAUCGACAGGUGGAUCAAAGAGAUCGACGAGCAUGCCCCGGGAGUGCCCAAGAUCCUCGUCGGGAACCGCCUCCACCUGGCCUACAAGCGGCAGGUGACCACGGAGCAGGCGCAGGUGUAUGCGGAGAAGCUGGGUGUCACUUUCUUCGAGGUCAGCCCGCUGUGCAACUUCAACAUUACCGAGUCGUUCACUGAACUCGCUCGCUCCAUCGUGCUGAUGAGACACGGCAUGGAGCGGCUGUGGAGGCCAAACAAAGUGUUGAGUCUGCAGGACUUGUGCUGUCGCUCCAUCGUCUCCUGCACUCCGGUCCACCUGGUGGACAAACUCCCCCUCCCUCUGGCUCUCAAGUCUCACCUUAAGUCUUUCUCCAUGGCCAACGGCCUCAACGCCCGCAUGAUGCACGGACGCUCCUACUCUGUCACCGCCAACGCCCACCACGGAGCCACCAAGAGGACAGGAGGCACACUGCUGAAAAAACCCAAACUGAUCCGGCCGCCGCCGCUCAGCCCGUCUGCACAGAGCUGCAGGAACAGCUGCAAGAUAUCCUAACCGCUGCACCUGAACGCACCGUCACCUGUGACACCCUGCUACUUCCUAAAACCUGUCACAGAGCAGCAGAAAAGGACUUACGAUUGGAUUACAUGAUGAUGUACAUGAUGCA